UCGCCGCUGGAGAACUUCUUCAGCGAGUUCCAGAUGGAAGGCGUCUCCGAGGACAACAACGCCAUCUACGUGGAGCUCGCGGCCGAGAACCUCUCCCGCGCCCUGAAAACGGCGCAGAACGCCCGGGCCUUGAAGGUCAAGCUGACCAACAAGCACUUCCCCUGCCUGACGGUGUCCAUAGAGCUGGUGUCUGUGUCGAGCAGCAGCCGCAUGGUGACCCAUGACAUCCCCGUGAAGGUCAUUCCCAGGAAGCUGUGGAGGAACCUGCAGGAGCCCGCAGUCCCAGACGCUGAUGUGAGCAUUUAUCUGCCGGUCUUGAAGACGAUGAAGAGCGUUGUGGAAAAAAUGAAAAAUAUCAGCAAUCAACUUAUUAUUGAAGCAAAUCUCAAUGGAGACUUGAACCUGAAAAUAGAGUCGGAACUAGUGUGCGUUACAACUCAUUUUAAAGAUCUUGGGAAUCCGCCAUCAGCCUCUGAAAACGAGUCUGAGGACUGCAGCCCAGAGCAGAUGGCGGAGGUGCAGGUGGACAUCAGGAAGUUCCUGCAGUUUCUUGCUGGACAACAAGUGAAUCCCACAAGGGGCGUCUGCAAUAUCGUGAGUCACAAGAUGGUGCACUUUGACCUGCUCCACGAGGACGUGUCCCUCCAGUACUUUAUCCCGGCCUUGUCCUAGCACUGCCAACUGCACGUGGCCCGGAGACCAUUGCCAUGACCUGGAGAGGCACAGGGUGAUGUGCUCAGUCGUUUGUCAAUAUGUCCUCACAGCAGCACAAAUUCUGUACAUUUCCCUUAUUUUUCCCUCCAUGAUAAUUUAACUAGAAAUUAAAUUAAUGAAAUAGUUGAAUAAACAUGUUACUUCAUAUUA